CACAGUUCGACAUCGUGGUGAUCAUUCUUCCAUCUGUAUUGUGGAGAGAAGAAAUAUAUUGCGAGCAUCAUAUUAUUGACUCGCCUUCAUCCAAGAUCUGGCUCUCUUAGAUAUCAGCUUCUUCCAGUUACGUGAUCGUAUGAGACAUGAGCAGAACCCGACCCCUCCAAGGUGCCUGCAAUUGCGGCCGCAACCACUAUUAUAUCACCGUUCCCCCUGAUGCAACGGAUCGAGCUCUAAUCUAUUUCGACGGCAGUAGCCAGAGCAGACGAAGUCAAGCAACCCCACUGACGGCGUGGCUGCGCGUGCCAUUGUCCUGGUACUCCUCAACCACACAGUCCUUCUUCCCUGACGAAACCCAUGCCUCUAUUCGCAGAACCUUCACGCCCUUGCACACGCCGCACUCCCAACGGGUGUUUUGUGGCUAUUGUGGUACGCAUCUGUCCUUCUGGACUGAACAACCGCCGGAAGAGGCAGAGUACAUGAACAUCACGUUGGGCAGCCUGUUGAGCGAGGACCUUCGCGCACUGCAGGACUUGGACUUGUUGCCGGAGGAUGUAGAAGCAGAAGGAUCAGCAGAUGAUGCGCAACAGUUUACAAUGUCUGGGGCGUUGCAGCAGGGCGAUCAGGCUGCGGCGGAAGCUGCUGCUAUACAGCAGCAAAACCAACCAUUGACUCGGACACAACGAAGUGGUCGAACAGGAGGACUGACGUGGUUUGAGGAGAUGCUGGAUGGAAGCCGACUAGGCCGGACGCAAAAUACUAGACGGGGAGUCGGAAUCAGCAACGACGGGUUGACCAGGGUGGAAUGGGAAGUAUCUGAAUAUUUUGACGAUGGCAGUGAUGAGCCGCUUCAGACAGCCACAGGCUCGAAGCGGAAAAUCGGAGAUGUGGGCAAAGACGAGGACGCCACUAUGCAGCAUUGAGCGAAAGACGUCCUUACGAGAACAUGGCAUAGAUGUCACAGACCAAAAGAUGACCCGCACAUGGCAUAGCGCUGGAGUUCUAGCAGUCGGAGGCCUGGCGAUCAGGCGAAAUGAGCAAACGAAAGAACCAAAAAAAGCCCAAACGAUCAGUUAGUCAAUGUACAAUCACGCUCCAGAGAGGAUGCAACAAGAUGGUUCAACAAGUAGGCCAUGGUAAUAAACAUCAUCAUCAUCAGUCAAUCAGAAUCCCAGUUAUCCAUACAAAAUGUUUGGCGAGAGGUAUCAACAGCCUCAUCU